AUGGCCGAGCGCCGGCCCUCCCAUGGCAGCGCCAGCGGCGUCGGCCGCGGGUGGCGCCAUGACGGCCGGCGGCGCCAUCACCGUGGCCAGUGCCAUCGUCAUCUUUGUGGCCAUCUCCAUCGGGCUCGUAUCCCUGCAGUCAGGGGCGGCGCCAUCACCGUGGCCAGUGCCAUCGUCAUCUUUGUGGCCAUCUCCAUCGGACUCGUAUCCCUGCAGUCAGGGGCGGAGCCAGAUUCAAACGUAGGGGGGCAUGGUGUUUGCGAAGAUUUAGGAUUCAAAUAUUGGGGGCCAAGUACCGCUUUGACGCGUGGGACGGCGAAAGCCACGGCGCCCUGCCGCGGCCGCCGUGGCGACGGGACGGCGGGUUCGAAUGGUGCCACCCGGACUCGGGGCGUCGACCCGGAGCUGCUGCGCUCCCUGCCCGUCACGGUGUACGUGUACCGCGCCGCUGUGCCGGGUUCCAAGGUGGACGCGGCGGAGUGCUCGGUGUGCCUCGUGGAGCUCGAGGACGGCGAGGAGGCGCGGUUCUUGCCCUGCUGUGGCCACGGCUUCCACGCCGAGUGCGUCGACAUGUGGCUGGCGUCCCACACUACCAGACCGCUCUGCCGGCUCACCGUCUCCAAGCCCGACCCCGACUCGUCUCAAACCCCAACGCCAGCCUCGGCUCUUCGUCCGCUCCCUCCAGAGCCGGCGAACCUGCCCAGGAGUGUGCUUCUCGGGGUCUCCGACCAGGGCGCGGUCACCGCGGUGAACAUGACCAGCGACGACGGAGAUGACACGACCGCUUCGGCUUCCACUGCCGCUGCGCCCGUUCCGGUGAUCGAGAUUCCUGAGUUGGCGCCCGUGCCGACGCCGACCCCGCGCGACGCGGCCAAGUCGUCGCCGGUCUCAGCGAGGCCGAGGUCGUUUCGGAGGCUGUGGAGCUUCGGAAGGCAAGGCCCGAGCUCGAGCUCCUCCUGCACCAGCGGCGGCGCCGGCGAAGUAGCCGACGUGGAGCAGGGCAUCAGCGUUACCGUCGGCAUGGCCGUCUCGGAAGCGCAGCUGCCAUCAGAGGCCACGCGGCCGGUGCGGCCCAGGGAUCUGCUGUGUAGCGACGGACCCCCGGACGUGCGUCAGGCCGACUAA